AUGGAGAAAUCAUGUACGUUGCUGAUUUACUAUGACAAAGGAACUCCUGCAAUUGCGAAUGAGAUCAUGUACGCAGCUCUUCGAGGGAAUGAUAUACCAGCGAAAAUCGAUGCCUUGAAGAAGGCAGUCAUGCUUUUGCUUAAUGGUGAAACUUUGCCUCAGCUUUACAUCACUCUUCUUAGAUACUUUUUGACGUCUGAGGACCACACAGUCCAGAAGCUACUGCUGCUUUACCUGGAGACAAUCGAGAAAACUGAUGAUGCUAAAGGAAGAAUACUACCUGAAAUGAUACUGAUAUGCCAGAAUCUGACGAACAACCUUCGAGUACAUCCGUGGAGUUACCUUAGCCGAUUGAGAGUGACUCAAGUUAUGGAGCCUCUGAUUCCGAACGCGAUUUUGGCUAUUAUGUCGAUAUUUAAGCACCAACAAGGUGACCAGCUCUUCUUGGUAGAUGCUCCUGAAACGAUUGAGAAGAGCGAACAGGAUCCCUCUGCCAAACGAAACGCAUUUCUUAUGCUCUUCAAUUGCGGUCAAGACCGAGAGCAGAAAGUGUAUCGGACCAAGGCGUCAGAAAAGGAGAAGUAUCUUAAGAUCAUUAUCUCUUUGUUUAGGUAUGAUAGUGCUCGAAACUUGUUUCUCUGUCGUCUUCUCCCACCGCCAUCAGAGUAG